AUGUCCACCGUCCACCACGUCGCGAAAACCAUCUCGAGCGCUCGAACGAGACGCACCGCGCGCGGCGAGCGCGGCGGCGGCGUGGCGCGCGCGAGAAGCGCUCGAGAGAUCGGCAGAAAACAAGAGUUCGCGUGGAAAUCUCUCUCGAACGCGCGCGACGACGUCUCCGAGACGGGCUCGACGCGCAGCGAAAUCGCUGCGUCAGUGUUCUCGACCAUGUGCGCGGUCGCGUGCGCGAGCGCGCUGGCGAUGACGAUGGACGCGUCCCCGGCGCUCGCGAUUCCGCAAACGAGCGAGUGCGCGACGAACUCGUGCGACGACCGAGAUUAUCACGGGCAAAAGUUGGCCGGGACGGGGGCAUUUUUCACCAAAGGGUCGCUGAAGCGAGCUAACUUUGACGGGGCGAACCUGGAGGGGAUCACGUUCUUCGGGGCGGAUCUCACGGGUGCGACGUUUCGAGGGGCGAAUCUGCAAAACGCGAAUCUCGGGCAGGCGAAUCUGUCGAAAGCGGAUCUCACGGAUGCCAUUCUGAGCGGGGCUAUCGUGAGCUCCGCGCAGUUUGACGAUGUGAAGAUCGAAGGGAGCGAUUGGAGCGAGGUCAUCGUGCGCAAGGAUAUUCUGACGGGGCUGUGCAAAGUGGCAAAGGGAGAAAAUCCCGUCACCGGGCUUCCGACGGAGUUGACGUUGAUGUGCCCGUAA